GGGUUUGUGUACCCCCUUGAAUUCCAGAGGCAGGCGACAGAACCUGAUACCAACUUCGAGAUCGGCCUUCAAGCUUUUAGGGCACGAAAAUGACCAAGCGCACAAAGAAGGCUGGCAUCGUUGGCAAAUAUGGUACCCGAUAUGGUGCCAGUUUGCGUAAGCAGAUCAAGAAGAUGGAAGUCAGCCAGCACGCCAAGUACUUCUGCGAGUUCUGUGGAAAGUAUGCUGUGAAGAGAAAGGCAGUGGGAAUAUGGGGAUGCAAGGACUGUGGCAAAGUGAAGGCUGGUGGUGCUUAUACCCUAAACACUGCGAGUGCUGUGACAGUGAGGAGCACCAUUAGAAGGUUGAGGGAGCAAACGGAGGGGUAAUUUCCUAGAUACUGAUUCAUAUGUAUCCAUCUCUUCUUUUUUUUGUACCCGAGAAUUGUCUCUCAUUGAUUGGGAUAUUUUCUAGUUUAGGUUUCAGCCAUACUCUUUUAAACAUAAAUCAUCUCUUGAGAAGUUCACAGAAAAAAGCUUCUUUAGUUACAUUAUGGAGUUAAUUGCUUUUGGCCUUUAUCAAGAAAAUAUGAAGGUUUCACAUAAAA